AUGUCGCAAGCCCAGAGCCAAGGAGCCACCUUAGCCUGGCUCCCCAACGAACUGCUAAUUCCCAUUGUGCAAGAAUCGGUCAAGAUCAAGGUCACUCCUGAUUCCAAGCACUCCAAACUAUCCUUCUCUAAACAAUGUGAUUCUUCCACUGCGGCAGCACUGGCCCUCACCAACCGAUACUUCCAUCAUCUCGCCACACCGCUCCUCUACUCCGAAAUCGAGAUCCAGUGCCAUGGUGCCUGUCGAGACAAAUACAAGGAAGUAUGGAUGACAAGGCAUCUGAAUCGCACGUUUCUCGAGAACCCUUCACUACGGACACACUGCAAGAGACUUGAUAUUGAGUUUGGAUCCUCUCGAGAAACCUUCCGGAUAGGAGAGUCGCGCGGCACCCACCUCUUCAAGAUUGCCUUCGACUUCCUCGAGUGGCUCACCAACAUUGAAGAGCUUCGCAUUGCUGGAUGGCCACAGUACCCACACCCCGGUGAUAAUCAGGGGCUUGCCGCUUUGGCUCCUACCAGGGGUGAUUAUCGUCAACUUCUAGACCUAGCGUCAGAACAUCUGACCAGUCUACGACACUUGGAGCUGGUCACGCACAGUGGCGUAACUCUAGAUCUGCCAGUCCUGCACGCCGCGCUUGUUGGACUGAAUAUCAGCGCAUGUCUUCGGACACUUGAUAUCAGUGGGAUGUCUCCCUUUGGAAGUAGGCGGGACUGGGAGCUGCUAAAGACUCGAGCAGGCACCGCGCCGUUCACCGAGCUUAAACUGAGACAUUUCGACGCGGGACCAUUAGCACUUGAGGCGCUCGUAAUGUGGCCAGCCAAGUUGACAUCAUUUCAGUUUGCAAUGCCCUGGAUUCGCCGCUUCGUUCCUAGUACCUGGACAUACAACUUGGGCGUAUUGCAGUCCAUCCUAUCCCACCAGAAAGAUUCACUUACCUUCAUGAAGAUAGACCAAAUUCCAGAUCCAGAUCCAGGGCUCGAAAACUUCAACAUGGCUAAAUUUCGCAGUUUAAAGGUUCUAUGGCUGGCGCGUGACUUAACUGGGGCCGAUCCCGAGUUUGUUGCCAAUCUUCUUGCACCCAACUUGGACGUGUUUCAUUGGAACCCGAUGCCUGAAGAUGAGGACGAAAGAAACGGCCUUAAUGCGUUCGAGAAGCCUGAGGAAGACUGGCUCAGGGCGUUCGCAGCCGCCGCCAUCGCGAGCAAUUCCACUCUUCGUCAUAUCAACAUCAGAUUUUCCCCCAAAGAAUAUAUCCAGCUCGAAGAAGACAAAUGGGACCUUGAGUACCCUUGGGAUCGGAUGGACAGAAUUGCGAGCGAGAUUCAACCUCACGGGAUUCGUUUGUCAUAUAGCCCCAUCAACGUGAGCAGGGAGAGGUUCAAUGCCCUGGCGAGAAUUCAGGUCAGGGUCCCCAAACAUCUCAACAGUUCAUGGCAGCUUAAAGAGUUGCACCUAUCAGAUGGGUACUCAUCACCACCAUCACCAGGUGAUCCUCCUUCAGCAGGGGGGCCAGGAGAAGCUCCUUCUAAUAGCGUUCGUUCUUCAAUUUAUUCCUAG